UCAUCGUUGUUUGUUCGGUCGCCAACACAUAAACAGCAACACAACCAAUCCCCACGACGGAUCCCAAAGUCCUCAGAAUCCGGCAAAAAGUACGUUGAGUUGGCUCCCAACAAACGGUGACAAUGGCCCCCAAUGAUCCAUCGCAUCCUGGCAGCAAGUCCUCCGCCGUGGCGGUGGUCACCGCCAACCACUCCAUCUCGUAUGUGCAGUGCCAGAACCUCAAGUACAACGUCCUCAUCCUCGGCUGGCUGGGCGUGAUCAUCUCCACCGUCAUCCUGGGCAGCUCCGUGCUCACCAUUCACCUGCAGCAGGACAUCGAGCUGCUCCUCAAGCAGUGGCCCUUCAACUUGGUCCCGGUCGCAGAUCAGCAGCUACUGAUCAAUUUGUUGACCAUCUUUAGUACCAUUGCAUACGGACUGUCGUUGAUCAACUUGGGAGUCAGUUUGCUGUUGCUGAUAGGUAUCGCCCGGGACUCAAGUUGCCUAAUGUAUCCCUGGUUAAUCUAUAAUGGCGUUAUAUUCGGCUUUGGUCUUUAUUUGGGGGUUUUCUAUGCGACGGCAGGUCUGUUCAUUGACCUGUCGAGCUUUCUAAUGUGUCUUCUAGUAUUCACCCUUGUGCUGGUUAUUUUUUACAAGAUCUACCACGAGGUCUUCACCCUAUUCCGCGUGAUGGAGCAGCAGUCGAAGGAGGGGAUGGGCGGGAUGAGUGGGGGAUUCUACUACCAGGAUGCCGAGCACGGAUGGACCUCGGCCGGGGCUCCCUAUCAGCAGUUCUACCUGCCCCGCAUGCCAAUCCAAAAGUAACAUCCACUGUAGCAACAUCUCGACUUCAACAUCAACAGCAACGAAAAGAGAAAAAACAUCUAAAUUGCUUUUGGACUUCGUUUGUACGAUUAAUAAAUGGUUCACGGGUGCGAAUUCA